UUUUUUUUUGGAGAUUGCUUUUGCGUGGGAUGCUCAUAAGAACUUCCACUCAGAAUUGGAAAAACACAGUGAAGAUGAAUCCGAGCCUCCAUCUCGUGCUGUUGGUUCUGGACCUCCUUGCUCUCUCCGCUGCCCUCUCCACCUGCAGCACCCUGGACAUGGACGAGUUUAGGAAGAAGCGCAUCGAGGCCAUCAAGGGUCAGAUCCUGAGCAAACUGAAGCUGAGCCGCCCGCCCGAGGAGUACCCCGAGCCCGAGGAGGUGUCCCGGGACGUGGUGGCCAUCUACAACAGCACCCGCGACCUGCUGCUGGAGAAGGCCAACGAGAGAGCGGCCACGUGCGAGAGGCAGAGGAGCGAGGAGGAGUACUACGCCAAAGAGGUGCACAAGAUUGACAUGCUGCCGUUCUACCCCGCCGAGAACGUGAUUUCUCCGACGCUGUUAAACCCGUUCUACCGCCGGCUCUCCUUCGACGUGUCCUCCAUGGAGAAGAACGCCUCAAACCUCGUCAAAGCAGAACUCAGGAUCUUCAGGCUCCAGAACCCCGGAGCCAGAGUCCCAGAGCAGCGCAUAGAACUCUACCAGGUCCUGUCACACAAAGCGCUGGCGUCUCCCACACAGAGGUACAUCGACAGCAGAGUGGUGCGCACGCAGACCGAGGGGGAGUGGCUUUCCUUCGACGUCACCGAGGUGGUCAGCGAGUGGCUCAAUCACAGAGACAGGAACAGUGGGUUUAAGCUGAGCCUGCACUGUCCCUGCUGCACCUUCGUCCCCUCCAACAACCUCAUCAUCCCCAACAAGAGUGAGGAGCUGGAGGCGCGCUUCGCAGGUAUCGACGACAGUUUUGACCUGAAAAUGUUUAAGAAGCGCAGACACAGCACCCGGGCCCCUCACCUGCUCCUGAUGCUGCUGCCCUCCUACAGACUGGAGUCCCAGACGCAGCACAAACCCUACAGGGCCAAGAGGGCGCUGGACGCAGCCUACUGCUCCAGGAACGUCCAGGACAACUGCUGCCUGCGCUCGCUCUACAUCGACUUCAAGAAGGACCUGGGCUGGAGGUGGAUCCACGAGCCAAAGGGCUACGAGGCAAACUUCUGCGCCGGAGCCUGUCCGUAUCUGUGGAGCGCCGACACGCAGCACAGCAAAGUUUUAGGUUUGUACAACACGAUAAACCCCGAGGCGUCCGCGUCUCCGUGCUGCGUGUCCCAGGACCUGGAGCCCCUCACCAUCCUCUACUACAUCGGAAAAACGCCAAAGAUCGAACAACUCUCCAACAUGAAAGUCAAGUCCUGCAAGUGCAGCUAGGACCGCCACAAACUGGACUCUACCAAAACUGGACUAAACCGAACCUGGACUA